AUGGUGUUCAAGCUGAACAAGGACAAGCGAUCAAGUGCUGAGAUCAAGUCGCCUUCACUCACUGAUCUUGAAACUGCGACCAUAAAAACAGAUGAUGUGUUUGGUGUGAUCAACGAAGAUGGACCAAAUUACCGGAACAUUGGUUGGUUGGGCACUACAGUGCUUUUGAUCAAGUCACAAAUCGGUGUAGGAGUACUCAGUGUCCCCUCUACUCUGGCUGUAUUAGGCAUUGUACCAGGAAUCAUCUGUUUAUGGGUUAUUUCAGCUAUCAUUUGUUGGUCUGAUUACGUGGUUGGACAAUUCAAGAUCAAGCAUCCUCAUGUCUAUGGUAUUGAUGAUGUUGGAGCUUUGUUAUUCAAGGGUAAAAUCGGUCGUGAUGUUAUCGCUGUCAUGUACUGGCUUUUCAUGACAUGUGUGGCUGCGUCUGGUCUUUUGGGUAUAUCCAUCGGCUUAAACUCUAUCUCGUCACACGGAACAUGUACCGCUGUUUUCGUAGCAGUCGCAACAGUCGUCACAUUCUUCUUGUCUUGCAUCCAGACUCUAGGAAAGAUUUCAUGGCUUGGUUGGGUCGGUUUGGUCUCUAUCAUCAGUGCUUUGCUCACCCUCACCAUUGCCGUGGGCAUUGAAGACCGACCUGCCACUGCUCCUCAAGACGGGCCAUGGGAUAAGGGAUUAGUGAUAUUCGGCCAACCUACUUUCACAGAAGCCAUUACAGCCGUAUCCGCCCUUUUGUUUGCCUUCACUGGUACUCCUGCAUUCUUUGGAAUCGUAUCCGAGAUGAGGGAUCAGCGAAAGUAUACACAAUCCAUGCUUGUUUCCCAAAGCUUCGUCACAAUCGUGGACACUGUAGUUGGAGUCGUGGUUUACUACUUUUGUGGACAAUUUGUCGCAUCUCCAGCUUUAGGUAGUGCUGGUGGUACGUUGAAGAAAGUUUGUUAUGGUCUUGCUUUACCGGGACUAUUCGUAACCGCAAUGAUGUUCACACAUCUUCCCGCCAAAUUCCUUUUCGUGCGAAUUCUCAGAGGAAGUAGUCAUCUCACUUCAAACUCCGCCAAACACUACAUUACCUGGUACAGUUGUGUAGCAGGAUGUGUUCUAUUCUCUUACAUCAUCGCUAGUGCGAUUCCAGUGUUUGAUGGCAUAGCAUCUCUUAUUGGUGCCUUAUUUGGUACUGUCUUAUGUAUACAGCUGAUGGCUGGAAUGUGGCUUUACGAUAAUUGGGAAAGGAGAUUUACUACCAAAACAGUCUUGUAUCGCUUCCUUCUCUUCUGGAACCUUUUCGCCAUAGCUCUAGGUUCAUUCUUGAUGGUAGCAGGAACUUACGGAGCCGUAAUCGAUAUUAAAGAGUCGUAUGCAAAUAACCAGGGAGCGGGAGCUUGGUCUUGUCGAGACAAUUCUUCGUAG